CCUUCUGCCACUUGAGUCUUUCUGUGUCUCUCACAGCCUCCAACUGGGGCCUCCGUCCAAAGGAUGUGGGAGUUGCGUUCCUUAGCCUUUUCUCGGGCUGUCUGUGCAGAAUUCUUGGCCACGCUCCUCUUUGUCUUCUUUGGCCUGGGGUCAGCCCUUGACUGGCCUCAUGCACAGCCCUCUGGCUUGCAGAUCUCCCUGGCCUUCGGCUUGGCCAUUGGCACCCUGGUGCAAACCUUGGGCCAUGUGAGUGGAGCCCAUAUUAACCCAGCUGUGACAGUAGCCUGUUUGGUGGGAUGCCAUGUCUCCUUCCUCCGGGCUACCUUCUAUGUGGCUGCCCAGAUCCUGGGGGCUGUGGCUGGGGCCGCCCUUCUCCAUGAGCUCACCCCAUCCGAUAUCCGGGGGAAUCUGGCCAUCAAUGCGCUCAAUAACAAUACAACUGCUGGCCAGGCUGUCACCGUGGAGCUCUUCUUGACCCUGCAGUUGGUUCUUUGUAUUUUUGCCUCCACUGAUGACCGUAGAGGGGACAACAUUGGAUCUCCAGCCCUCUCCAUUGGCUUCUCAGUGGCCCUGGGCCACCUUCUGGGGAUCCACUAUACUGGCUGCUCCAUGAAUCCAGCCCGUUCUCUGGGCCCUGCAGUCAUCGUGGGCAAGUUUGAUGACCACUGGGUCUUCUGGAUUGGGCCUCUGAUUGGUGCCAUCUUGGGCUCGCUCAUCUACAAUUACCUCCUAUUCCCUCAUGCUAAAAGCCUCUCAGAAAGGUUGGCCACUCUGAAGGGGAAGGAGCCUGAUGUAGACUGGGAGGAAAGGGAGGUGAGGCGGAGGCAAUCUGUGGAACUCCACUCCCCCCAAAGUCUGCCUCGAGGCAGCAAAGCCUGAUGUUCCUCUCCUCACCCACCCCCUCCACUCCCUAGACUCACCUCUGGGGCAAAAAGAAUGAACUCUGGAGGUGUAGCAGCUGAGGGAGCCUGGAGCUACCAACUGUGGGGGGCAGAGCUUAUGCCCUGGACUGGAGGGGGUCUCCCAUCCACACACUAUUGAGCCUCUCUUCUAUAUCCAGACAGGAGACAACCUACCUGCUCUUGCCUACAUUCUCAUCCUUCCCCCAGUAUGGGAUCAGCAACAGGUUCCUGUACAUUGGUUGUAGUGGGUGACCCUUCUAGGCUACCUACUAGGGAGAAGGGGAACAGCAGGUCCUGGAAGGUAUAAGAAGGAGGACUGGGGCAAGAAAAGACAUCAACAGACAGAAGUGGUGAGAGCUGCUGAGUUAGGAGUGAAGAAGGAGCUUGGAACAUUCCUUCACUUGACCCUUGAAGACAAAAGCAAUUCCCAGCUAUUUCUAUGACUCCCCCUGCUUUCCUUAAGAUGGCUUAGCACCCACAGAUCCAUCGCCUCUCCUCAGUUCUCUUAAGUGUUUAGAUCCCUUAACUAGAGCUAAGGGUGGUGGGGCACACAGAUGUUAAAAGGGAGAGGCAGAAAAACAUGUCUCCACGUGCUAAUGGGUUUGUGUAUCUGGGGUUUUCAUGUGUCAAUGUACGUGUUUGCAUGUGCAGAUUACUUCUAUUUGCAUUUGCAAAGGCACAUUGCUUUGAUAGUAUGUGUGUUUGCAUGUGUGGAUGUACCAUUCUGUAUGUAUAUAUUGUGUGUUUGUGUGUGUGCAAGCAUAAGCAUGUACAUGUGUGUGCAGGCAUAUUUCGGGUACAUGGGAAUAAGUACAAAUUCUUGCGUAUCUUCGAGGAUGAAAAGUCAGAGUCCCGGGUGUGAGUGGCUGCUUCUGGAAGCAUCUCUGAGUGGGCCUGAGCCAAGGAUCCCCUCCGUCUUUCCUUGACUCGUCCCACCUCCCCUGAUAUCUCCAGAUUCUUGCUCACCCCUCUGACCAUUCUCUCUGGGUUCACACUGAUCACCUGCAAUAAACCAGAUUCCCCAGCCUA